CGCCUGCUCACCUUCGCUAACAACGAUAAGAUAAGACUUGUAACCUGAAAUGUACCAAAAACGAUUGUGUAAAAGUUCAUGGUGAAAAUGAAUUUAAUUACAAACAAUAUUCAGUACGUCAUAUAUCUAUUCAUGUGCAGCUCUAUUACUUCCAUCUUAGCCCAAGGCGAUGAUACAUGUCCAAAAGGGUUUCUGCCCCACCAAAAUAAAUGUCUGACUAAACCUGAUGAAGCAAAAUUAAAUUGGCCGAACGCACUGGGAAAAUGUCAAGAUCUUGGAGGAUCGCUUCCCAACAUAUACAGUGCGGAAAAACAAACACUUCUGGAAAAUUUCAUCUCAAGUCACUACAACGCUUCCUUUUUGAAAGUGGAUCUACCGUCUGAAUACCAAUACCAUUACUUGGACGACUACUCCACAUUUAUACGAGAAGAGAAGCACAUAACAUUUGAGUUUAUGGGAUGCAAUGAUGCUUAUUUAAUCCUCUCAGAAAACCGCGACGAUUCUGUUAAGUCUUAUGAAGUCCUCUUUGGUGGAUGGCAGAACACCCUAUCUGUCAUAAGGACUUGUAGACAAUGCCAGUCCUUGGCAACGGCGUCACACAGUCCGUUGUCAUGCCAUACAUACAGACCGUUCUGGGUGAGCUGGGUAAAUGGCACUGUCAGGGCUGGGGAGGGUAAAGAUGUCGGAAUAAACACUUUCAUGAAGUGGACAGACCCGACGCCACAUCCGGUCAACUUUUUGGGAAUAUCGUCUUGGAAAACUGCACCAACGCAAUGGAAAUUCAACAAAGAUCCAUAUAACUCUACGUUUUGGCUUGCUGGUACGGAUCUUGGACACAGUACGGAGUGGGUGUGGUUUCCUGAGGGUGAUUAUGUAGGAUACACGCACUGGCUCCCGCAGGAACCCAACUAUUUCUUGCCUCACCACCACUGUAUUCAAAUGUCACUUCAUAGCGGCUUUAAAUGGGCUACGGACAAUUGCAUGCUCAAACGGAAUUUCAUCUGUGAAAUAGAUAAUUCAUUACCUAUCAAUACAUUUGGUUGAACUUCC